AUGAAUUUCAAUUAAUUAAAUAGGAGAUUAAUAGAAUUUUCAUAAGAAGUGAUUAAAAUUUUGAAGAAAGGUUACUCUUAACGGGACUAUUCUUUAUACAAGUAAAGAUUAGAGUAAUUUAUAGGAAUGCAUAAAAAUUCAAUAUUGAAAGCAGGUGAUAAAUCAAGAUCAUGAAAUAUAAUCAAGAAGUUAAGCAAACAUUCAAGUGAAAAUUAAUGUAAUAGUUAAACUAAAGUUAAAUUUAAUAACUGAUAAGAAUAAGCAUCAAUUCUUUAAGAAAUCUAAAUAUGAAAAGAGGAGGACUUUUCUGAUAUAUCAUUUGCGUCUUUGACUAAUAACGAUUCUGAAACAAUUCAAGAUAUUAUUGAAAAUUCAGAAAAAAUGCCUAAAGAGUUUUUUAGAUUCAUAAUUGUAAGAACUAAAGAUUAUAUGUGAAAUUUUUAGAUAGAAAAUAGAUGUAAAUGAAUUAUAAUUAACAUUAGAGGAGACCACUUUACUAAAAUCAUAAAUAAGAAUGAAAUGAUAAAAAGAAAAUUAGAAAAUUAAGAUAUGUCUAAGAGAUUAAUUGAGGGAAAAAAUAAAUUAAAAAGAAUGUAAGAAUAUGAAAAGGAAUAAUAAUAGCUGAAAAAUUGA